AUGAGCUCAUUUUCCAUUUUAAAUGCUAGCAAUAAUUCACAGGCUUACUCCCUCGAGGACAGCAGCAAUUGGACGGCAGUGACCCAGUUUACUCAGUCAGCGUGGCAAAUUGCUUUGUGGGCUAUCACCUAUUCCUUCAUCGUUAUCACAUCCAUCGUGGGCAACGUCACCAUCAUCUGGAUUAUUCUUGCGCACAGGAGAAUGAGGACUGCUACCAAUUACUUUAUCGUUAAUCUGGCCCUUUCGGAUUUGCUGAUGUCUGCUUUCAACACCAUCUUCAAUUUUAUCUACGCCAGCCACAACGUCUGGUAUUUCGGUGAGGAAUUCUGCAGGUUUCAGAACUGGUUCCCCAUCACUGUGAUGUUUGUGAGCAUUUACUCCAUGACAGCCGUGGCUGCGGAGAGGUACGUGGCAAUAAUUCAUCCCUUCAAGCCCAGGCUCUCUGCUGGAAGCACCAGAGUCAUCAUAGCGAUCAUCUGGCUGGUGGCAUUUGGGCUUGCCUUCCCGCAGUGCUUCUACGCCGAGAUCAUGACAGACAAGGGAACGACAAAAUGCAUCGUCGUCUGGCCCGAUGACGUCGGAUCCAAGCACCAGCUCACGUAUCACAUUGCAGUGAUCAUAUUGAUUUAUUUACUGCCUUUAAUGGUGAUGUUUGUGGCAUACAGCAUUAUAGGAAUUACUCUGUGGAGCACUGCGGUUCCAGGUAACCACCUUAACAGAGUCCGCUACGAACACCAUGUCAAUGCCAAAAAAAAGUUUGUGAAGACCAUGGUGGUAGUUGUGAUCAUUUUCGCUGUCUGCUGGCUGCCCUAUCACAUAUACUUCAUCCUGGGGAGCUUCAAGGAAGAUAUCUACCAGCAGAAGUACAUUCAGCAGGUUUACCUCGCCAUCUUCCUCCUUGCCAUGAGUUCUACGAUGUACAAUCCCAUCAUAUACUGCUGUCUCAACCAAAAGUUUCGGUCUGGCUUCAAAUUAGCCUUCUGGUGGUGUCCGUGCAUAAAAGCAACUGAGAAAGACAAACUUAAACUUACAUCCCCAUCUCUUUACCGGACAACCCACAGGAAGUCAAGAACAAGUUUCAACACAGAAACUCAGUCGAAUGAGAAAGAGAAGACAUCAUUUACCCUCACCCAGCUAACACUCUGA